CUGGAAUGCUCCUCGGUAUAUCCUGAGCAUGCCGGCGGUACGACAUGAGCGUGUGAGGAAGAAAUACCACAUUCUGGUGGAGGGAGAAGGCAUUCCCGCUCCCAUCAAGAGCUUCAGAGAGAUGAAGUUUCCUCAGGCCAUUCUGAAAGGACUGAAGAAGAAGGGGAUCGUUCACCCGACACCCAUUCAGAUUCAGGGAAUACCAACCAUUCUCUCCGGCAGGGACAUGAUUGGCAUUGCGUUCACGGGUUCGGGGAAAACGCUGGUCUUCACUCUGCCCAUCAUCAUGUUCUGCCUGGAGCAGGAGAAACGCCUGCCUUUCUGUAAGAGAGAGGGACCGUACGGGCUCAUCAUCUGCCCUUCUAGGGAGCUGGCGAGACAAACACACGGCAUCAUUGAGUACUACUGUAAGCUGCUGGAGGAUGAAGGAGCUCCUCAGAUGCGCUGCGCUCUCUGCAUUGGAGGAAUGUCUGUCAAAGAGCAGAUGGAGGUGGUCAAACACGGGGUGCACAUGAUGGUGGCGACUCCAGGCCGACUGAUGGACCUGCUGAACAAGAAGAUGGUGAGUCUGGACAUCUGCAGGUAUCUGGCUCUGGAUGAGGCUGACAGGAUGAUCGACAUGGGCUUCGAGGAGGACAUCCGGACCAUCUUCUCUUACUUUAAGGGUCAGAGGCAAACGCUGCUCUUCAGUGCCACGAUGCCCAAGAAGAUCCAGAACUUUGCCAAAAGUGCUUUAGUUAAACCCAUCACUAUUAAUGUGGGCCGAGCUGGAGCCGCCAGUCUGGACGUCAUUCAGGAAGUGGAGUACGUGAAAGAAGAGGCCAAGAUGGUUUAUCUGCUGGAGUGUCUUCAGAAAACCCCACCGCCGGUAUUGAUAUUUGCAGAGAAGAAAGCAGAUGUGGAUGCAAUACACGAGUAUCUGCUGCUAAAAGGUGUGGAGGCCGUGGCCAUUCAUGGAGGAAAAGAUCAGGAAGAAAGAACCAAAGCCAUCGAGGCCUUCAAAGAGGGAAAGAAAGAUGUUUUAGUGGCCACAGACGUCGCUUCCAAGGGUCUGGAUUUCCCAGCUAUACAGCAUGUAGUCAAUUAUGACAUGCCGGAGGAGAUCGAGAACUACGUCCACAGAAUAGGCCGCACAGGUCGAUCCGGCAAGACUGGAAUCGCCACAACAUUUAUCAACAAAGGAUGUGAUGAGUCUGUGCUGAUGGAUCUGAAGGCUCUGCUGGUUGAAGCUAAGCAGAAAGUUCCUCCGGUUCUGCAGGUUCUGCACACCGGAGACGAGACCAUGCUGGAUAUUGGAGGGGAGCGCGGCUGUACCUUCUGCGGAGGUUUGGGUCACAGGAUCACAGAUUGUCCCAAACUGGAGGCCAUGCAGACCAAACAGGUCACCAACAUCGGCCGCAAAGACUACCUGGCCAACAGCUCCAUGGACUUCUGAUGCCGGGGGCUUUUAUUCUGUACACACAUGUAUUAUUCUGCUGGAAACUGUACAUUACUGUUGAUCUUCUGUGAAUCUGUCUAUCAGUGUUUUACUCAGUCUAAAAUAAAAGAGAAGCUGCAUUACACUGAGAA